CGGUAGCAAUAUACAACUAUUACUGUGAAUAUAUGUCAAAAAAUAUGCUUACAUAUUUAGCCAUUGUGUUUUCGUUACUGAUGUUUGUAGAAGCUGGACAAAAAUGGCAUACAUCGCAAAUAGCAUUAACGAAACUAUAUGAUCUGCAAAACGAUCAUUUUAAUGUCUUCAAUAAAUACUUGGAUUUGGAGGAAAAACGUUUGGAAGAAUUAAAAGAUCAUGUAGCUGCGGUAUAUGAACGGUGUCAUCAUCAAAAAACCAACAGAGCCUUUUUACACAAUCAUUUGGAUGUUAUUAAAUUAAUGAAACAAAUGCAUCAACAUUUUUUAAAAAUUAAAGAUUUAAUAAAAAAUAAACUAUCUAUGGAAGCGUUAAGAGAAAUCGACGAGCACAAAGAUCUUAGUGGUAAUCAUAUAUUGUUGGUGUAUCAAGCAAUGAGGAGACUACAACGAUUUUAUGCGAUUCCUGCAUCAGACAUGUCGGAAGGUAGAUUUAAUAAUAAAAUUAUCGGUGAUAAAAUGGAUGCAUGUGAAUGUUACGUCAUGGCGAAGUAUUGUUCAGAGGAAAACGAUAUGUAUGGCGUCAUAGAUUGGGCCGUUGAAGCAUAUUAUAAAUGGAAGAGUGAUGGUCAACCAGAAUGUGUAGAUCCCGAAAUUUUAAAUUUCUACAUAAUGUCAUCAUCAGUAUUUACAGGAUUUGACUUAAUGAGUAUAAUACAUAUAAAUGGAUCAAGCAAUCUUCAAAAAGACACUGACAAAUUUUUGCGGUAUUAUCAUCUUAUAAAAAAUGAAUUAUUUGAAUUGGAUAAGGAGAAAACGUUGGCUGUAUUUGAAAUAUAUAAUAAUUUGAAAAGAAAACAAUUUGAAAAAGAAUUUAGACAUUCAUGUAAAUAUGGGGUAUCACGGACAAUAACAAAACACUUAAAAUGUAGAUACCAAACAAAAAAUUCAUUUUACCGAAUACUGAUGCCCUUUAAGGAAGAAGAUAUUAACAGUGAGCCAUUUAUUAAAAUAUAUCAUGAUGUAUUAUAUGAAAACGAAAUUUCGAAAAUUAAAUAUAUAGUUUCGGGAAACAUGAGUGAUGCAAGAAUUCAAACAAAGAAUAAUUCCUCAGAAGAAAAAAGUCGUUUAGGUCAAGCCACCUGGAUAAAUAGCAAUGAUUCUGUUGAAUAUUUUGAUUCAUUAAAUAAUCGUAUAGAAACUUUUACCGGAUUUACUACAAAGACAGCUGAAUUAUAUCAAAUAGUUAAUUAUGGUUUAGGUGGUCAUUAUUUACCACAUUUUGAUCCAUUUCAUAAAGGAACUGUAAUUGAAAAAUUUGGUAACAGAUUUGUAACAGUAUUAUUUUAUUUGUCUGAUGUUCAAAAUGAAGGAUAUACGUCAUUUCCUAUGCUAAAUAUUAUUAUUCCUGUUGAAAAAGGAUCUGCGUUGGUUUGGUAUAAUUUAAAUAUGUCUAAUGGAAAAUUAAACUUUGCAACACUUCAUGGGUCAUGUCCUUUAUUGAAAGGAAAUAAAUGGAUCAUGACUAGAUGGCUGUACGAAGAAGGACAACAUUUGUCUUAUGAUUGGAAAAGCAGAGGAAACGUGUACGAAGUGUAAGAUAAUAUACGAUGAAAUAACAAAUAUUUGCAUGUGGAUUUAUUAAUAAAGGUUUCUUAAAUAAUCUA